AACGCAAAGAGCAGAGUACAGAACAGAAGGAGUCAAUCAUUUUUUGUGGUUUCAUGUGAAAAUUUCAGGUUAGGUUAGAAUGUUCUCUUUCUAACCUACAAAUAUGCAAAUCAUAAGCAGUAGAUAAAUUAACAAAAAUCCUAUUGAAUAAUAUUAAUUAUUUGGGUGUAAUGGCAUUACUUCCUGUAAAAUUGCAGUUUUCUGGAGGAGCAGAGCUAUUAUUCAAUAAUAAAAAAACACAUGAAAUCAGCAUAACUACUGGAGAUGGCGAAUUGAAUAUAGGAGACUUACUAAAAUGGAUGGAAAAAAAUAUAUUGACUGAAAGACCUGAACUGUUUAUACAAAAUGACACAGUUAGACCUGGAAUUCUAAUAUUAGUAAAUGACGUUGACUGGGAACUUGAAGAUACUGUAAAUUAUAAAAUUCAACCUAACGACACGAUAACUUUUAUAUCAACACUGCAUGGUGGAUAAUACUUUUUUCUUUACACAAAAACUAAUGGUUAUAUGUAUAUAAUAUACUCAACUCUUCUAUAAAAUAAUUAGAGUUCAUAUUACAUUAAUUUAUUUAAUGAAUAAAUAUAACUCAAAAAACUAAUGAAA